UUGAGAUAGGCCAUGUUUUAUUUUUUGUUUUGGGUCCUGGUUACUUGAGUGUUUGCUUUCCAAGUAUUGGUAAACUAUAAAUUUAAGUAUGCAAUGUUCUGUACAUCUGUGCCAUUUUCCGUUAAACAGUAGUUUAACCUUAAAACCAUAUUGUGACAUCAUCAUACACUCAUAUAGGAAAAAAUUAAAAAGUGUGACAGUCCUGAUACCGGCAAAGAUGUGGGGGGCAUCGUAAGAGUUCUUCUCACUGUCAGAAUGUAAGCUGGAAUAAACACUUUGGAAAACUGCUCAACAUUCUCGGGUAAAGCAGAUGCCCGUGAGACGAGAGAAAUGAGAAUGUGCGUCAAGGACAAACGGGGGAAAUAGUAAAAUGAAAUAAAAUAAGAGAGGGACCUCACCGGGAUUGAUGAGGAGUACGUCCAUUAAACUGAGGAUGAUUAGCUUCAGUAUCUGAACCUGGAGCAAAAAACUAAUAAACACAAAGCAUUGCCAUACUGGAGAACAUGCUUGGGAUGAGUGACCACUCACAGCUCCCCCACCAGCGUCGCCCUGGAGGAGACAGCGGGACUGCCAUUUUCAAGAACCCAUGUUUUCACAUUUUUCCUUUGACUGUGUCCUGCUUUUGCUGCUACUACUUACAAGGUCUUUGGAAGGAGUAUACGUGUCUGAGGUGGGUCAGAAUGCUGAUCUGCCCUGCACCUACUCUCCAACCACCCCUGAGAAUCUCGUGCCUGUGUGCUGGGGCAAGGGAUACUGCCCUGUAUUUGAAUGUCACAGUUUGGUACUCAGCACUGAUGGAAGGAACUUGAACUAUCGGACAUCCAGCAGAUACCUACUAAAGAGGAAUUUCCGCAAAGGAGACGUGACCUUGACCAUAAAGAAUGUAACUUUAGCUGACAGUGGGACCUAUUGCUGCCGGAUCCAAUUCCCGGGCCCAAUGAAUGAUCAAAAAUCAAACCUGGAGUUGGUCAUCAAACCAGCCAAGGUCACCCCUGCUGGGACUCCGUGGAAGGACAUCACUACAGCCUUUCCAAGGACGCUCCCCACCGAGGGACCGGGCUCAGAGACACAGAUACUGGAGACCCUCCAUGAUAAAAAUCAAACAGAAAUAUCCACACUGGCUAAUGAGUUACAAGACCUGGGCGCCACCACCAGAAUAGGCCUCUACAUCGGAGCAGGGGUUUCUGCUGGGCUGGCUCUCGUUCUUAUCUCUGGUGCUUUAAUUCUCAAAUGGUAUUCUGAUAGCAAAGAGAAGAUACACAAUUUAAGCCUCAUCACUUUGGCCAGCCUCCCUCCCUCGGGGUCAGUGAAUACAGCAGGAGAGGGGACGCAUGCAGAGGAAAACAUCUAUAUCAUUGAGGAGAACGUAUAUGAAACGGAGGAUCCAUACGAGUAUUACUGCUCCGUCAGCAGUGGGCAGCAGUCCUGACAACCCCUGGGCUGUUGUCUUUCAACGCCACCGGAUUCACCACUUCCUUUUGGGGUUUGGUGUUAUCUUCUUUGAAAACUAUGAGAUGGCUCACCUGACUGGUUUUAGAGGUUCUGUCCUUGGCCACCGAGCAGAGUUUUUCCAUGUUCUAAAGAUAAGUAGCUCACCCGAGGAUUGAACUGGGACCAGCAUUGUACUUAGACAGGCACAACAUUACCUCUGUGUUCCCGCCACCCAACUCGGAGACUGCUAAUCAGGGCAUUAGAGCUCAAAUGGGCUUUUAUAGAGAGUAGGAAUUCUUAAUAUGGGGUCUCUGGAAUUCCAGAUAUUCAGUUAUAUGGUGUGUCCAUGAAGCUCCUGAAAAUACAGGGGAAAUUAUGUGCUGAGAUACGUGCGUGUCUUUGUCGGUACAGGAAGUCUAAAGGGACCGCCGAUGCUCAAAGAGCUCUGUGCACCGUAGCAGGUUAGGAAACUGUUGGGGUAGGAGUAGAUGGUCUUGAAGGUUCCCUUUGAGUCUCAAGGUUUAUGCUUCUUUGAAUGCUGACUCUGUGACAGUAUGUGCCAGUGCACAGCUCUCCUUGGCCUGUGUUAAGAAGACUUCCCAGCAAGGCCUGAGGUGUGGCAGGUGCUUCUGGAGAAAAAGGAAGUACGCUCGGUGUGUGUUGACAGGUUUUGCUUAGGGUGCACUCAGAGGGAAAGAUCUCUGACCAACUUCUCCAUUCAUGGAGAGAAGUGGAGCUGUGUUUUUCACAAAAGAAGAAGCAGUGACUGGGACACAAAUUCUGUUUCGUGGUGGAAAGUAGGUAAAGGGCUCCAGCCAUCUGUAUUUAUCCAUGUCAGAUCCCCUGAUGGAAACACAAUGGUCCUUAAGCUUCAGUUCCAGGAUGGUAGAGAGUAGGUCUAUCUUGCCUAUUUGCUUCCUCCCCAGUCUUGGCACAGCUCUGACACAUACUACUGAUAGAAAUUUACUAAAUAUCUUUGGAGUGAAAAAAUUAAGGAAGCAGAAAGGUAGAUUUCUGGGAAGACUUUUCCAUUGGAGAGCUCAGAUAGAGCUUCACCUGUUGGGGAACUCGAAAAUACUCCUAAGCUCCCGUUUCUGCUCUUGUCCAGCAUCUGCUCUUCUCAGCAUCCUCUCCCAGCUCAGGCCCUUGGAAGUGUGUUAUUGUCUUUUUUCCCCUUUCUGCUGAAUGAAUCAACAAUAGGGACCUGUCGCUGCCUGAAAACUGCCUUCCCCAGGUGAUGACUGAGCUGCUACUGCGUUGCAUGCAGGAGAUGUUGGUCACCAAGGAUGCGGGCAGCCUGUCUGUUACAGUGUUUGGGCUGCAUCUGGGCGGUAUUGGGAAGCACUGGCUUUCUACAGGGAGAUUUGUAAGGGAGAUCAUUUUGCAAAGUUCCAGGCAGUAGCUUUUAAACAAGGUGAAAAAUUAAGUGUUUUAAAUUUAUGAAAUUCUAGAGGGAAGGGACCACAGAAAACAUAUGGACCAGAUCAAUGAUUCCCCCACAAAAGGGAUUCUUAUUCUGCAAAAAUCUUUACACAAGGAUAUGUAUACAAGGACGAUCAUUGCAAUGGUGUUUGUGAGAGAUGUUUUCCAUCAGUUGGGGAAUAAUUGGUUAUUGUGGUAUGUCAACACACUGGCACAAGUAAAAAAAAUUAGGUGGUUUCAUCAUUGAGCUGUUUUGCUAAUUCAACAAAUAUUAAGUGCUUACUCUGUGCCAAGUUCUCUGGUGCUGGGAUCAUAGAGAAAGAGCAAAUAGACACAUCCCUGACCCCAUAGAACUUCUGAUUGAUCUGACAGGAAGGAUGAUUUCAUUCAUACAUUCAUUCAUUCAUUCUUUCAGUGAACAUUUUUUGUCACCCACUUUGUGCCAGACACUGUUUUAGUUCCUAGAAAUAUAGCAGUGAAGGAAACAGGCAAGAUCCCGACUCUCACAGACCUUGUGUUACUUGUCAAAGGAGAAAUCUAUAUUGCUAAGUCAAAAGAAAAAAAAUGUUCUAGAAUAGUAUAUAUAGUUAAUGCUAAUUUUUUUUUUUUGCCUUUAAAUAAUCUGGAAGAAUAUUCCCAAAAUAAUAUGGU